AUGAAUAGUUUAAUAAAUAAAAACAGUAAUAUAGAUGAAUUAAUAGGAGAAGAGUUUGAUGAAAUGGCAAUUAAAUUUUUAUCAUUUGCCAUUUUAGAUUGCAAUAUUAAUUUAUGUAAUUCAAUUAUCGAAUAUUAUGAAGAUCAUAUAAAAGAAGCAUCAACACCGAUACUAAAGCAAAUUUUAAAUAAUGAAGCCAAAUUAGCAGAGUUUAAAUCAGAUAUUGCAACUAUGAAAGACAGCAGUUUUUAUAAUGAGGUUUACCAAAUCAAAGAGUCAACAAGAGUAAUGGAUAAUCAUCACAGUUUUAGCGAGGUAUUUAAAAUUAUUGUAUUUUUAAUUGAAACAUUGGUAUCAAAUACAAUCGAUACGGAUUCAGCAUUAAUUAAAUAUAAAGACUCAAUCGACAAACUAUUGCAACAUCUUUACAACCUAACUUUGCAAUCAAGUGAAGCUACCUUUGAAGAAAUCGGCCAACUAAACCAGUACUACAAAGAUCACCAAAUAGAAAUAAAAUCACUAGAGUUUUUUAAAAUAUUUUAUUAUUUACACCAUAAAUCAAACUCAUUAUCAAACUAUUUUUUAUCAAGAACCAAAAACCAAUUUAAUAAAAUCAACUAUUACAAUAACGAUAAUAAAGAAAAUACACAAUUAAAUCAGUAUUUAAGCGAACAACACUUUACAUACGAAACUAUCAAAUGCAAAAAGUUUAAAAGUUUAUUUUUAAGAAUUUUCAAAUUAAUAGAAUCCUAUAAUAUCGAAGGUGAAGAACAGCAACCACAGCAACAACAAAAUGAAGAUAAAAUGAAUGAAGAUUACAGUGAAAGCGAAAGUGAUAACGAAAAAGAUGAAGAUGAAAAAAAUAAAAACAAAAAAAUAAUAAAUUUAGAUAAUAGAUUCAAAUUUAAUUUUUAUUUCGAUGUCCACUUUUUAUUAAAUAUUAAAGAUUACGAAACUCUUAUUAAAUUGGUUCAAAGUAUGGAUUCAGAGAAAUUAAAGAAUUUAAAUUAUUUAGGUUUUUUAAACAAUAUCGAUUUAAACGAUCCGGAAUGCUAUCAAUUAUUAAUCGACUUUGUCAAAUUUGGUUUCUUCAAGAACCGUUUAAUUGUAGAACAUGCAUUAAAGAACUCAAGAUUGGACCUAGUCAAAUUAGUAUUAGAGAAUAAUAAAAACUACAACCGUAGCAAAAAGAUCAAAAGAUUAUCUCAAGAAAUUUUAGUAUCAGUAUUUAACAAAUCCGAAAAACAAACAGAUUAUGAAUUGGUAGAAUAUUUAACUUUAGAUCAAAAAGAUUUAAUAUUUGACAGCCUUUUAAAUAAAUUUAGUUUAUUCAAUAGAGCAUUUUUAAACAAUAAUAUCCAACUUUGCAAAAUAAUAAUGAAGAAUGCCCCCACAUAUGUAGAAAUUAAAAUCAAAGAUAUCAAAGAAAGUAUUAAAAACCAUCACUUUCAAAUUUUAGAGUUCUUUUAUAUUAUUGGUAGCAAGGUAUUAAAAAAUAGAAUAUUAACCCUUACAAAGAAAUAUUAUAGAAAUCAUUCAAAAUUAACUUGGUUAAAAUACGAUUUAUAA